UUCAGAAACAUGGCAGCCUCCAUGGCAGGACGAAUAUCAAAAAGCCAUUUGCUUUUGAACACGCUAUCUAGGUCAAAAGUCACCAUUCCCGAACGAUUUAAGGAAGGAUGGCCUGGUAAAGCAGGUGCCUACAUAGCUAAUAUUUUCCGUGAUUACAAAGGUGCUACAUUGGAGAUAUUUACCGAUGCUAGGGACCGGCCCAUCAAAGCUGCAAUCUAUGCGACCCUCGUGAGCUGUACCGCAAUAGCUGCCUGGAACAACCCCGACAAGAAGUCUUACGAGAAGGCCAUUCUGAAUGCCAGUAAUGAUCUCGCUCUCCUGAGCGACGCCAUUCGCAACAAGGCCUCGGACCGGCAUCUGCAAGAAGUGAUGCGGCUGCGCAACGAGGGGCGGAUCCGACAGUUGAAUCUAGUUGUGUGCUCCGUCAUGUGGAGGGACGAUUACGGCCCGCUGCUGGGGCUGUACGACUCGCAGUGCGAGUACCUGCGGCCGGGCUGGCGAGACUUUGACAAGCGCGUCCUGGACGUCGGGUUCAUGAACCGAUGGUACUACUUGGACAAGGCCAUGGUGGAAUACGACGUUAACGAGGAGGAGUUUGCAAACAGUUAGCGUCAUUCAAUGUGUAGAUACUAGUGUUGACUUAACGUUCAUAACAAGUCCUUCACAAGUCCUCACAAACCCCCACAAGUCCUUACAAAUCCCCACAAGUCCAUCACAAGUUUAUCCAUCACAAGUUUAUCCAUCACAAGCUUAUCCAUCACAAGUCUAUCACAAACUCAUCAAGUUCCCACCCAACAUCACAAGCUGUUUAAUUUAUACUUGUUCAUCCCCCGAUACUUGUGACUGGACGUGUGAAAGACUUGUAAUUUACGUUUGACCGGACGUGCAUUAUGAGGAACUGGUGAUGGACUCGAUUACAUCACUGUACUUGCACCUUGAUGAAGUCAAAUAUAUACAAUGUAUGGCACACUGUUUUAUUACAAGAGAAUACAGAGAAGUGUAGGUUUUUUUGUGUAUUGACCUUCUGUGUCUUAGUUCAAAUACAAACCAGUUUCUUGUUCCUGGGAAAGAUCUCCAUACCUUGGCAUCACUUGACACCCUAUGCACAAACCCCAUAUGAGACUGGUCUGAAAAAUUCCAAGGGUUUUCUCAGUAAAUACUUAAAUUAUCGUUUCUAAUGGCCGACAGGUCACUUGUGGGAAAAAGUAGUGAUCUCCAUGUACAGAAUUCUUCCCAUACUUUGUAAAAUGUUGCAUAAAUAUUAUCUUCAUCUAUUGCAGUUUUUAUUCACCAUGUAACAGCAUAGUCUGGAAAGAGGUCGAUGUCUGGACAUCACUUGACAACCUGUGCACAAACCUUAUGAGACUGGUCUGAAAAAAUUCUAGUGUUUUCUCAGUGAAUGCUUCUACAUUUUUCCCGCUAAAAUUGACUUUUUAGGACAUGUUAUCGCUUUCUGAUGACUGAAUGGUCACUAUAGGAAAGAUGUCCGUGUAUGGAAUUGUUUUCCUUGUUUACUGGAUGAAGCUGCUGUUGUUGCUGAAGUAUCAGCAAAGGAGUCGAGAAAAUGGAAAAGUCCUGCAAUCGAGUGUACAUAAAUGCCUAAGAGAGUUUACCCAUUUCUAUUGGUCGAGAGCCCGCCACAUGGCUGGUUUGAAACAGUUGAUUAAGACCGGCUGGCUGGUCUCUUAAACACUUUUUCAGUGUCACAUGAAAUUUGGACUCCUAAAAAUCCAGUGCCUCUUGCCGUUUUAUUGGUUGAACGUUCACAAUCCUCGCGUAGGCAUGCAACAAUACUACCAGUAAGUCAGUAUUUCAGUCCUAAAUUCACAAAGCACAAGCACAGCUGCAUUCUGCGGCACAUCGCACAGUAGGCGUGGCACACUCGCCAAUCCCCAUAUAAGGAGGUGUUAACGACUUACUUGCAAGCUGGACAUGCCAUUAUAAAGCUAGAGUUGUUUUUUUUUAAAUAUGAUGUAAUAUUGUUGAACAAAAUCGUUCGAAAUUUAUAAUUUUGAUUUGUUUUGACUUUUGGACUUUUAAAUACAAAACAUGUAUAUGCCUUCGGUUCGGGUCAUUAUUAGCAUCCAGACUCCAACAGGUCUAGAUAGAUUUGUAAAAGCCAGCAAAGCACACAUUUAUUCCCUUAUUCAAAAUUAUAACUUGUUUUUAAGGAAAACAAAAUUGUGGAGAAAAUUUAAGUUUUUAAGGUUAACCUUACAUUUUUUUAAGAAGAUUUUUCACCGUAAAAAAUUAAAAGGGGUUGAAAUUAAAUUCACAAGUUUAUGAUCGAUUUGAAAAUCAUAAGGGGUUAACUUUGCGUUUAUCAAAAAUGUGCGCAAUUUGAUUGUCAAAGAUCCAAAAAGCCAAAGGGUUUACCUUACGUUUGUGUAAAUAUUCUCAUCAAUUUAAGUUUUCUCCCCCCAAAAAAUAAAUUCAAGGGGAUUAGGCUUUUCAAGUUUCACAGUACAAACUUUACGUUCCCCUAAAAUGGGAUUUAUAUUGUAACAGUUAAAAAUGUUAACCCCAAGGAGUCGCCAAAGUUUUUUGUCAAAAACAAAACAAAACAACAAAACAAAUGUGACAAUAAGCAAAGCAUAUUGGAGAUUUUAUUUAUUUAUUAUUAUUAACCAAAUACGAAUUUCAAACAUAAAUACCACGCAGAGCAACUAUCAUAUACAUAAAAAUCUAAACCUGUCGGAAUUUUUACACAAUAAUAGAAACAGUUUGCAAAUUGUCACAGUUUUGACAUUUUAAACAAUAAAUGUCUUAAAACCAAGUAUGUCUGUGAAACAGUUAAUUGUGCAUUAUGAACCUUCAGUGUUGAUAAGCUGUUAACCAUAUGUUUAUCAAGUUGCAGUUGAAUUUUUGAGCACUGUGUAAUUUUUUUUUUUUUUUUUAAGUCAAUUGCUUCCUAUUUAAAAUUUAUACUUCUGUAUUUAUUCAAAUCGCUAGGUUAUAUCUCAUGAAAAAAAUUCUGAACUUCACAAGCUUUGCACAACAUGUAGGCUACAAUUAAGUCUGAUCACAUGGUACCACCAUACUUAAAAACUAUAUAUGUACACGUAGUCUGUUAAUACUGUAUAUACAAAUGUACAAUAAAUUUGAAUUGCAAACAGAA